AUGGAAACUGGCGAUCAAUCAGCUCCCCCUCUUCGCAUUCCUGAUCGGAUUUUCGCUUUAGGGCAUGAACCUGUCGGAGUUAGGGUAACGCCGUACCACAAACCAAACGCAAUCAAGGAAAUACUCAACGCGCUCGAUCCUCAAGAAAUAGACAUCAUCAGAGCCUCACCGUUCGGGAAGCUUGUUGAGCUCGCUGAGAUGCCCUCCUUCUCCGGCCGCUUUGGUCGAUUCAUCAUCUCCAGACAGCUAAAAGUUGAAAAUAAACACGAAGCGUGGUUCAUAUUUGCCGGGAAACCCGUCAGAUUCUCGCUUCGAGAGUUUGCUUAUGUUACUGGCCUGAACUGCAGCAAGUUUCCAAAGCACAACAAGAAAAGAUCCAAGUUGUUUUUGUCGCAGAAGCCUUAUUGGGGUGAACUGUUUGGCUCCAUGAAGGAGGUUCCCGUCACCUCCGUAGUUAAAAUGCUAAAGAAGAGAACCGUCAAGGAGAGCGGCAUACGUGUGAAAUACGCUUUAUUGGCGCUACUAGCUGCUGUCGUUCUACCAACAACGCACACACCUCGCAUCUCACAGGAUCAUGCAGAGCGAAUCAAAAACAUUGACGAUUUCUUAGCAUACCCAUGGGGCAGAGUAUCCUUCGAAAUGCUUAUCAGUAGUAUAAAAGAGAGAAAUGAGGUAUCGCUUGCACAAAACACAAUUGCUUUGAAAGGUUUUGUGCUAUCUCUACAGUUGGUCAUGGUUGAAGCCAUCCCCGCACUAACAGAGGUGGUCAACGAUGGAUCCUCAUCUGACUCUGAAGUUGAAGGUGGCGAUGACUUUGAUCAAACAGAUGAUGACAAAAAUUCAAAGAGAGGGAUCAGCCCGGGCUAUGCUCGCGACACCGACGCUGCAGGGAAGGUCGCAGUUCGGUCUGUCAUAGUUGAUGAUGAUGAACUCUACAGAGCUUCACCGGAAUUUGGCUGGUCAGAAGAUGAGGAGGAUCCAAUCGGUAGAAACUUAAUAAGUUUAGUUGAGGAGGGAUACCCAUUCAAGAACUCAAGCUUCUUAGGCGGUGUUACCAUGGCUGAGCUGAACCGGAUGCGCGAGGACGCAAAAGCAGAGGCCAAUACCCGCAAAACCGUGCGUGUUAAGCAGACGAAGAACACAACGACGACAGAGGUCUUAGACUCUGAAUCAGUUGCAUUCCUUGUCAGGGAAAAAGUGAAAGAAGAUUUAUCUCGGAUGGAGAACCAAAUAAACAAGCUCUCUUCAGAUUUCCUAGCGUUCCAGACUGAUGCGAUGGACAAAUUCCAACAACUAAUUCGUCUAGUGGAUUGCUCUUCCAGCCAAGCACCGAGAGAAAAUGCUUCCACUGCUGCUGGCGAUACAGAAAGGGCAGAGGUGAGGCGACCGUCAUCUCAACAUAUUGGUAUCCAAACAGAAGAUGUAAAUAAAGAUAUCAUAGCCGGAGCUGUCAGAUUCGCAAAUCAGGAAACAUCUUCUUCGGACGAGGGCUUGGACAGAGAUCAAGGGAUUCAGGAUCAUGAAUCCCAUGAAGACCAGCCACGAUCCGACAUACCUGAGGUGAUGGUGAGGAAACAUACAAUAUCUUUCGAACCAAACCCAACAACAUCAUCCGCAGAAGAGGGAUUGAACGCAGAUGAAAUGAUUCAUCCAGCGGUUCAAACCGAAUGUCAGCCUUCUCUUCCCAUCGAUGAGGAUAUGCUUACCGAAGCCCCUGCAGACAAUAUACAAUUGGCAGAAGCUAAUAAAUCUUCUACCGAGGUCCGAAAUGGAGAUCAGCAGAUCAUACCACCUUCACAAGUUCACCCUUCGCGCAUUGAUUCUGAGAGUAUUGUUCCCGAUGCAAAGAUUGCAAGCAACCCAACCACAUCGCUGGUUGAAGAUAUAAUGGUUGAUGAAGAGGCCGAAGCUUCUGAGCAGGACCUGGACCCGGCCUUACUCUUCCCCAAGCCAACCUUCUCCCUUGGGCUAACACAGGAGGAACGUCCACAAGGGGAGGAGCCAGUUGGGGGGGGUAUGCCCGGAGAUCUUGCCCAUAAAGGUAGUUGCGAGGAGGAUCAACUCGUCGUCGGCAGAAAAAGCAAGCGACUGAAGGCCGUUCCCAAAUCCCUUGUAGGAGAGUAUCAAUGCGACAUGCGUCUGCUAAAUCGCGCCCGUGUUGCAUUCGUCGAUCCCAACAACAUAGGUGGGAACAUUGAUUACUCGGCCAAGUUCUCCUCCUUACUCGAUAAACUGAAGUCCCCAUUUACGAUACGCAUCGGUCAAACAACUCUAGACAGCAACGAACUAUACGAGCUUGUACACCGAUCAAAUCACCUGCAACCGAAGGUGGUUGACGUUCUCAUGGGCCACAUUAGGUCACAGUUCACUCUUAACACUCCCGACAAUAUGGCCAGCCAGCCUGUGUUUUUAGACAAUCAGUUUGUAUCCCAGCUAUCGAAAGUGUUCCCGAAGUUCUCCAAGUCGUCAAAGAAAGAUACCUUCCGGUUCCCCAGCAACAUUCUUGACAGAUUUAAAAGUUUUCCCGAGUCAGGCCGCUUCUAUUUCCCUUUCAAUCUCGACACCAAACACUGGGUUGGUGUUUGCGUGGACUACUCCACCUGGUCAAUUUCUGUCUUUGACUGCAACAUAUCUCUCAGGACUGACAGUAUGAUGGUGAAAGAGAUCAGCCACAUCGCUCAGAUGUUCCCCUUCCUUCUGAAACAGGUGGGCAAGCAGGUGGUGCCCAAAGACGGUAAAGCAAUGGCCGUAGAGAGACCUCGUAGCAUUCCACAGAAUACAUGCCCGGCUGACUCUGGAGCAGCAGCUGUUCUUCUCAUGCAAGCUCACGCCGUCGCAGGUAUCGACGUAUGCAAAUGCAUCAACGCAGAUGUAAUCGGUAGUGAAGUUGAGAGAUUGGCGGUUAUGUUCUAUGAAGCCACUGUCGGAAUGCUCUAA